GCGAAUGAGACUCGGCGUCCUCCCGGCAAGCCCAUUGUCUGCAUUGAGGCGCCGGCGGGAAGCGCGAGAGGAGCGAAGCCAGCAGCGUCGACGACCUUCCCCGCGAGACGCGCCCGGACGCUUACUUGCACCCAAAGCAAACCAGAAGCACCGCAGGAAGGAAGCUGCGCUCUGGCGCGAUGCGGAGCGCCGGCAGCCGCUCUGCUGAGAGACGGAACCAAGGAGUAGCCCCGGCUCGGGACCUCUGCAGCUGCUGAAAGGAGAAAGAGGCUAGGCCGCCUCCGGAGACUCCCAAGUUUGCCCUGACAGGAGGAGCCUUUACUACCUCUUCCCCACCUAUGGAGACUUUGAGCGCCGUGCGGGCUAAAGUAGGAGCCAGAAGCCCUGUUGGCUGCGAGGCGGCAGGGACCGGCGAACCCCAACCCAUUUGUUCUUCGGGUCCAGCUAGCCGAGGCUCACCCGCACCGCCUGCCUCGGAUUCCCCCGCUUAUAGACUUGAGGACCUGGAGACCUUGGCUACUGUGGGGACAGGCACUUUUGGGCGGGUUCACCUGGUGAGAGAGAAGGCUGCUAAAUGCUACUUCGCAUUGAAAGUAAUGAGCAUUCCAGAUGUUAUUCGGCUAAAACAAGAACAACAUGUACACAAUGAGAAAUCUGUUUUGAAAGAAGUGAAUCAUCCAUUUCUGAUCAGAUUGUAUUGGACUAAUCACGAUGAUCGAUUUCUAUAUAUGUUGAUGGAAUAUGUACCUGGAGGUGAACUUUUUAGCUAUCUACGCAAUAUGGGACGUUUUAAUAACAGCACUGGACUAUUUUACUCUGCAGAGAUAAUUUGUGCAAUAGAAUACCUCCAUUCAAAAGAAAUUGUUUACAGAGACUUAAAACCAGAAAAUAUUUUAUUAGACAAAGAGGGGCAUAUCAAACUCACAGACUUUGGCUUUGCUAAAAAGCUUGUUGAUAGGACAUGGACGCUGUGUGGAACACCAGAAUAUCUUGCCCCAGAAGUCAUACAAAGUAAAGGUCAUGGAAGAGCAGUAGACUGGUGGGCCCUGGGCAUUCUGAUAUUUGAGAUGUUGUCUGGAUUUCCCCCAUUUUUUGAUGACAACCCAUUUGGAAUAUAUCAGAAGAUUCUAGCUGGUAAAAUAGAUUUCCCCAGGCACCUGGAUUUAUAUGUAAAGGAUCUUAUUAAAAAGCUUCUUGUGGUUGACAGAACAAGACGACUAGGAAACAUGAAGAAUGGAGCUGAUGAUGUAAAGAGACACCGAUGGUUCAGGUCUAUAGACUGGGAUGCUGUACCACAGAGGAAAUUAAAGCCUCCUAUAGUGCCGAAAGUAUCAAAUGAUGGCGAUACAUCUAAUUUUGAAGCUUACCCUGAAGAUGACUGGAACAAAAUACCACCAGUACCUCCUAAAGAUUUAGAAAUUUUCAAAAACUUCUAAAUGUGUGAUACAUCAAAUUAUUAAGAAAUAGAAAGAAGAUUGGUGUGAUAGGUGAAAACUGGAAAAGAAGAACAGAAAAUACUUCCAAAAAUAUCUUGAAAAUGAAUAUUACUGCAUUAUGCAUAGAUUUUUUUUAAAAAAAAAGACAUGUUGUUGAAAAAAUUGAUACUAUUCAGUAGUAUAGAAUUGGCAUUCAUUCAGUUAAAAAGAUACUGAAGCACCUACUCUGAUAUGUAGAUACAGGGUUAUAGGGUUUCUAAAUUUGAAUUUAGUUUUGUUGUCCCCAAAUUUAAUUUGCAUACUUAUUUCAUACCCUAGUUGUAUAAGUUGAUACUAAAAUUGUCCUGUAAAGCACAAGUUAGUGUAUAUUUAUAUGAACAAAUCAGUAAAUCUAAAGCACAGAAACUGUGCAAAAAUGUAAAUUUUUGUAUUUUACAGAGUCUAUGGUUUUUAUUCUUAAAUGUUUUCCAAGAUGCUGCCUAGAAGUAAAACAAAUCUUGAAAUGAUACAUGCUUCAGCAUCUUCUAUACAUUUUAUAAUUCUUUGUAAAAAGAAAUAUACAUAUAGGUUUCGAGAAAAUGGUAAAAUUUCCAGUGCUUUACAUCUCCAGCCAUACAUCUUGAAAGCUGAAAAAUAAAAACCUUGCACAACUUAUUGUACUAUUCCUCCUUUCAGUGUGCAUUAUAUUUUCUUUUAAAAUUAUGUUAAAAUGCUAUGGCUAUAUAUCUUAAUUCUUCAUGGUUACAUAUUGUAGUGAAAUAAGUAUUGUUUUAAUGGGAUUAGGGUUCUAUUACCCUUUCAGGUACCUAAAUGUCAUCAAAACCAAGAUCCCUAUCUAAACACAGAUGUAUACUUGCAUGUCCAUUAUUGAAUAUUGCAAACUAUAGUAGAUAAAACAAUUUAAGAGCCACAAUUGAAUGUACAGUGUUAUCUGGCAUUACCUUUGAUAUGUUCUUUAUAUAAGUAGGAUUAACUCAGCAAUCAAUUUAGUGUCCUUUACCAUUCGUUUGCCUCAGAUAUCUAUCUAUAUUGGCAUCUGCCAAGCAUCCUACCAACAUUUAACAUUUUAAAAUUAAUUUAAUUAAAUGCCUAUAUACAGACCCAUCACACAAUUCCUUUUUGGUUUAAGCAACUUUAUCCAAAACUGCAGAAAAUGAGUGAGAAGUGGCAAGCAAAAUAAAUUAAAGGUGUGAGUUAAAAUAAAGGAGGGGAAAAUCUAAAUUUAUAUUACAUAGAGAGGAAACUGUUAUGUUUUAAAGCAAAGUCUGAAUUCCAAAAUAAUAUUUAUAUCCAAGAUAUGGGACCUUUUGGUACUUUACAUCUGUAGGCAUUCUUAGAAUAUAAAAAUAGGUGGGAUGGUGGGAGCCCAGUGUUUUAUUUGGAAGUUUAACUACCGGUAUUUGCUCAUUUAUGAGGAAGUGUUCUAAAAAUUUGUCUCAAGAAUUCAAAGAAGACUUUUGCAUCAAAAAUCUUCUAACCUCUGUAUGAUCACAUUAAUUUUUAGGGCAUGAACAUCUGUGAACCCUUCUGAAAUGGGAUGUUCUACCUUUUAAACCUCUAUAAGUGAGAAUAACUCAUGCCAUUUGUCCUGCUAAGGGAAAAAAAACCAAAUAUAAGAUUAUAAAGUCCAGAGUAAGAGUAUAUAUUUAUGAGAUACUAAUAUUAAACUAAGGAUUGUUGAUUUGCAUGGUUCAAAGCUAAUGCCACUAUUAGAGCUUGAGCUUACCCAGCUUCCAUAUGAUCUACCUGUGUAUGUUUAGAAGUUGUUUAAUAUCAUUAUUACACUAAUCACUCUUCUUUCCUUGCUUGAUAACACAUUGGUUGUAGUCAAAACACUCCAAAAACCUUAGCUGCCACUUUUUGUGGACACUAUGUUCUUAAAGUGCACUGUGAAAAAUAUGAGGAGUAAGGAAUGAUUAUACAGGUAGUUCUCAUUUAGCGACAGCCUUGUUUAUCUACUAUUCCCAGUUAUGGCGGUGAUUAAACAGUAUCUUUACAAUUAAUCUUCAUAUUUAUGAUAUUUGCAGUCUAUAAAGCAAAGGAAAACUGAAGUAAGAUAAACAUAGUUGAGAUUUCACUUAGCAACUGCUUUGGUUAACGACCGAGUUACUGGUCCCUAUUGUGGUUGCUAAACAUGGACUAUCUAUAGUAUCCUAAUGGUCUUGUACAUUGGUGCUUUCGUUUACACAACUUCCUGUCGUUUUCCCAUUAGCAAAUUAAUUUAUUCUAGUGGCUGGUUAUGUUGCUGAUUCCUAAUAUAUUUCAUUUGUGUGUCUUACUGAGUAAGCUGAAGUGGGUGAGCCAAUAAGCAACAUAAUUGAUACAUAAAGCCAUUUUUUUUCUGGAUAAUUUGGUCUUCAUGAAAUUUUUAUGUUAUGAAUUCAAUUGUCCUUUUUUAAAAAAAUGCCAAAUAGUGUUUACAAUCAGUAUCAUCAAUAUAACGGUGCACAAUAUUCAAAGAGUACAUCCUCAAACCAUCAAAGAAGCUGUUUUUCCCAAAACAUUCCUCAUGGGUAAUUCAAGGACAGGGGUGUCAAACUCAAUUUCUAUUGUGGCCCUGCAGCGGCCAGCAGAGCUGGCAGCAGAGUUGGACAGUGAGUCAGUUAGGGAAAAACUUGGGCCUGUUCUGGGGCUGGGGAAAGCUUGGACGAGGGCUCUGCAUCGGAGGCAGAGAGGGAGCUAGACAGCAGCGAGGCAGAGGAACAGCUGGAGCUUGUUCCCCAUGUGCGCAUGCGCAGAGCUGCCAGAAGACAAGAACAACUCAGAAAGCAGGAAAUUGCUUGGGAGUAAAGCCACACCUUGGAGGUGAUUGGCCCUCCCAUAGGAAACAGAAGAGGAGUGAACAGGGAGUGGACUUUUGCAGGAAACAAUUUGUUCAUUCCGUGUCUCUGAGAGACUCUGUGCCAAGUUUUGCCUUUUGCCUCGUUUAGAAAUAAGUUACAUGGCAGCUGGCCAAGCGAGAUAAGGUGUGCAAUAACUAUUCUUUUGAAAAACUGUUUGGACAAGCCUUGCUGACUCUGAAUGAAAGUAAUUCACAGUCGUGUAAAUAGAAGCUUUUGCCAAAGAUGCUGCAUCCUGCUGUUUAAGGGAGCCUAGGUCAGAACAAUUACAUUGAGGGCUGCAUAAGGGUUGUGUUUAACCUUAGGGAAUGGGGUGGGCAUGGCCAGGGUGGGCAUGACCAGCUCAAUGUAACUUGUGUCGGUGCCUGUGGUGGCCUGAGCACUCUGCCAGUGAAAAUGGGCUCCAGAGCUCUCAAUUUGCCUGUGACGGCGUCCUGCAACUCUUCCAGCAAAAAUAGAGCUUGGGAGGCCUGCCCGCGGCCCUCUCAAGCUCCUUUUUGCUGGAAGAGUCACCAUGGGCCAUUUCUUCAAUGUUUCCAGGGUGGCCCCAGGGGCCAGAUCUAAGCACCCCACAGGCCAGAUCAGACCCCUGGGCCUUGAGUUUGACACCCCUGUUCAAGGACUUUUCCAGGGUGCUUACAGUAUGCAUGUAUUGCUUGCUUCACUUGCAUUCCCAAAAGGAGUAGAAUUAAUAUGCAAGGGGUCCCUCAGUGCUUUUCUUCAGAAUAGGAAAUGAUAUUUCUGUACCAUCAAACAUUACCUAAGUAGUGAACAAUAAUUAUAAUCAUGCCAAUAGGAGAAAUGUGCAUCUAAAAAAUAACCAUAUUGAAGAAUUAAAAUAUAAAAACUGCUAAAGGCCAAAUCACAAAUUGGUGGGUAUCUAAAAUUCCUUUUCAAAUCUUGUUUUUUAGUUCUGAAGUGCAAGCAUUUCAUUGAUUAUAAAGCUAACAAAUAAGCCUCUGUGAAUGAUGGUAUCUCAAAAGGGCUUUUCCUGCAGAUCUUAAAUCAAAAUGGGAAAGGCAGUGUCUUAGGUAACACUGAAGCUGUCUAGAACUUUUAAAGAGUGUAAUAGAUCAAGGCAAUUAUCAUUAAAUACACAGCAAUUAGCUGUAAAUGGACAGCUGCUAUGAGCAAUAUUUCCACUCAUUAUGAAACUAAUUUGAAUUUACAUCAGGGCUGCAUUUUAUAAUCUGCAUAUGAGACCACUGCUCCGCUGGAGACAACAAAAGCCUUAUAAUAAUUGGAUAGUAAACAUUCUGCUUAUGAAAACAGAAUGAAUGUUCGCUCCUUUUAAAUCACCCUAGAAAGAUUUAUUUUAUUAGAAUUAAAAUUCUUUAUGGCUAUUUAUACUUGAAACAGAAGUUUUAUCAUAUUAGAAAAACAUAAUAGGUUGGUGAGCAAAGCCAAAACAACUAACCAUUAAAAUGUAUACAUUGUUUAGAAAAUCCUAUCUGGAUAUAUCAUAACUAUUCAUAGGCUAUAUGUACCUUUAUUUAAUGUUCAUGAGAUUGAGUUAAAGCAAGGUUAUUAUGUAUAAAAGUAAUGUUAAUCUAUCAAAAUUAGGAACUAAACCAAGUUUAGCUAAAGGACUGGAUCUUGAAAACUGCAUGAAUAUAGCAAACCAAUCAUUUUGGUAUAUGGAAGAAUUAAGAUCCAUUAAGUCUUUUACUACAGAAUUUUUCAGCUUUCAAGAAAUGUAGCAUAAUUCCAUCGUACUGUACUAUGUACAGAUUUACUAUGUUUUGCACUUUUCUAUGGCAAACAUCUGCUUUAUAAAUAGUGUUGUACAGUAAAUGAAUUAGUUUCAUCUAUGUACAAAACCAAACUGAUAAUAUAAAAUAUUCACGAUUUACUGAUAUCAGAUAUUUCCUGCAAAUUCUGUCUCAAGUGUAUAAGUACUGUACAAAUACAUAAAUCAGUUCUCAUUGCACAAUGAAAAUCACUGUGAUUUGUAAAUAAAACUCAGUCAAAAAUA